AUGCCUGCUUCCAGAGAAUCGCCGCCACUGCUGCCAACGACGAACAUGACGACUAAGGAGGGCAAGAAGAAGGUGCUGGUGGUUGGAGCCGGAGCAGCCGGCAUGUCUUGCGCGCACCACCUCUCACAGCACCCGGACAAAUUCGCCGUCACCCUCAUCGACAGCGUGUCAUACUGCGGCGGCCAGGCCUUCUCGAUCCCCAUCGACGCGCAAAAGCACGGCGCGUCGUGGCUGAACCAAGGCGUGCAGGGCGGGUCGUACAUCUUCCACCACACCCUCACCAUGUUCGCGCGGCAGGGCCACGCCGCGAAUCCGGUCAAGCUGCACGUCUCCUUCGGCAAGGGCGACACCUUCUGGACCAACGCGUACCCUACGAAGCUGCUCGCGCGGCACCAGGCCGAGGUGCGCCGCUUCGCGCGCAUGCUGGGCGUCGUGCGCGCGCUGGAGCUCGUCUUCGCGCUGCUGCCCAUCCGGCUGCUGAUGAAGCUGUUCCGCUUCUCGGCCGAGUUCGCCAACGCCGUCGCCCUGCCCAUGAUCGCGCUGUUCCUGGGCACCGGCAACCACACGCCCGACGUGCCGUCCAUCAUCCUCGAGCGCAUCUGCACCAGCCCCACGUACGGCAUGUGGUACCCGCCCGACGACAAGAGCGUCGCCAGCAACGAGCCGCCCAUGGUCGUGUUCCCCAACUUCGGCGUCUUCUACGACGACUGGCGCGGGGACCUGGUGGGGCGCGGGGUCGAGGUGAGGCUGUCGACGGAGCUGACGCGGGUGGUGCGCCGGGACGGGAAAGGGGUGGUGGUCAGGACGGUCAAGCGCACGCCGGCGCCGGACGGGCACAAUCCGGCGAGCGCGUGGGCGCCCGAGGAUCCGACGAGCGACGCGGAUGCCGGCGCGGCCGAGACGGAAGAGCGGUACGAUGAGCUGGUGCUGUGUUGUCUGGCCGACACCUCCAAGCGCUUGCUCGGUAAGACGGCUUCGUGGCGCGAGCGGCGCGUGCUCGGGGCGGCGAAGUUCUCCGACGACAUCACCAUCACGCACUCUGACGCCGACUACAUGCGGCGGCACUACGAGAACGGGUUCAACCCGGAGCAGGCGGUGACGAGCCUGGGCGGCGUGGACAUGACGGAGCGGUGCGAGCGCGCGAAGAAGAGCUUCAAGCCCAUGUACUACAUCAAGCCGUACCAGCAGGACAUGACCAAGCUCGAGAUGUGCUUCGACUGCACCAACUACCAGGCCCAGUUCCCGCCCGACGUCGACUUCGACGACCACGUUUUCCAAACCAUCUUUUUGAACAAGGAGCGCGACGGGCACCUCUGGACCGACGACGAGAUCGACGAGUCAAAGGUUAUCAGAAAGGACUGGUGGCAUCAGCUCUGCCAUUCGUGGACCCACUACGCCUUCGUCGUGCCGUGGAUGUGGCUGCUGCAGGGACGCCGCCGCACCCGCUUCGCCUCGUCUUGGACCAUGCUCAAUGCCCACGAGGUCGCCAUCAUGAGUGGCAUUGCUGCCGCCGUCGACCUAGGCGCAAGGUAUCCUGAGGAUUUGGAAAGGGAUAGGUUCGCGCUGCUGUGCUUUAGGCUGUACUACCUGCUUGUGUACGGAAAAUGGUACCGCAAGAAGGCUGCGAAGAAGGGCGAGGGCGAGGACUGGGCAUCCGGACUGUAUGGGAGCGUGUACAAAGGCCCUGGCGUUGUGGAAGAGGAGAGACUGAUGUGGAAGGAGGAAGUCAAGAGGGGUAAUUCGCUGGAAGCAAAGCGGAGCUGA